AUGGAGAGGACAAGCUCAUUGCCAAGAAAGAUAAUGGUGGUGGCAGAUCCAACCCGUGAAUCGGCUGGUGCAUUACAGUGGGUAUUAUCUCAUGCAAUUCUGGAACAUGAUGAGUUGAUUCUUCUUCAUGUAGCAAAUGCGAGUUCAUGGCGGAAUACAUUGACUACAUUCCUUAAACGAUCGCCUUCUGCAACAACCACAAGUGAAGGCGGAUCAGAGAGGGGGGAAAGAGGAGUAGGUGGAGGUGGUGGUGGAGAAGAUAAAGAACAAAAAGAGCAAAAAGAAAGGGAUUUAGAGUUUCUAGCAGAGAUGAAAAAUGCAUGUGAAUUAGCUCAACCAAAGGUGAAGGUAAAUACAGAAAGAGUAGAAAUGGAAGGGAGGGAGAAGGCUUUUACUGUUCUUAUGCAAAGUAAGCUUUUGAGCAUUGACCUUCUUGUUGUUGGCCAGCGACGCCAUCUCUCUAGUGCAAUUUUAGGAUGUAGGCUGAGCACGCAUUCUACAAAGGCAACAAAAGGAAUGGAUACCGCCGAGUACUUGAUUGAGAACAGCAAAUGCACUUGUGUUGGAGUUCAAAAGAAAGGCCAAAAUGGUGGCUAUCUUCUAAAUACCAAGACCCACAAGAACUUUUGGCUUCUGGCAUAG